CGUUGCUGCUGCUGCUGCUGUUGCUGCCGCUGCCGCUGCUGCUGCUGCUUUUGCUGUUAAUGCAUUUUACAUACCUGUACUAAGGUACGAUGAGAUGCUUAACUAGACCGGCGUAUCUGAGCGAAAUCUUAUAAAUCAAAGCCGGCCUCACCAUAUCGUUACAUAAGUACAUGGAGGAAGAGUAUUACAGCGUGGAGCAAAUAUAAGGAGGAAUGUUAGGUACUUCUCACAGACAUGAAUCCCAAUUCUUUUUUCCUCGUCGUUUUAUUUCAGUUUCAGUUUUAAUUUUUUUCUUUUUUUUUUUCUCUCGUUUUUUCUCCUCCGUCUCAUUUUAUAAUCCUCCGUAAGUAUCAGCUGCGCGGGGCGACUGGAGGGGCUCCAGGAGUAUGGGAUGAAAAGUGAAUCUCCUCGGAUCAUGCGACCGCUGCUUACAAGCGCUCGGCAUCCCGUACAUCUGACCUAGUGUUUUCCUUAGGCUACUUUCAUACCGAAUUAUACCUAUUUAUAACUCACCCACGUAAUCGAACGCGAACGGCGUAUCGCGAGUACAUCAUCGGGUCGCGCCGCGCGUUCGUUGGAAAAAAAGGAAACCGGAGAACAGAUUUUCGAUUUUCUUAUUCUCGAAGCCAAACAAGUUGCGAAGGAAGAGGAAAAGAAAUGAGAGUGUAUGAAAUAUAUGAAAUAGUGACGGUCGUAGAGAUUCACGCAUUGUUGUGAAAAGGCAGUCGGCUCCCGAUCGAGCGAGCAAAAAAGGUAAACGUGGAGAAAUGAGGGGAUCCCGAAUUUUUCAGAAUUCACAUCAAAGAAGUGGGAAAAUAUUUUUUCCCGAUACAACACCCGAGAUCAAGGGAACGCGAAAUGAGCUGCAUGAUUCGCUAGCGCAAUCUACGCUUCUUUUGAAAGGAGAAAAUUUUCAGGAAAAGAAAGAAAGUGAUAUUAAUAAUUCCGUGAAAUUAUUCGGCUUCUGCCCCCCCACGGCCGGGAAAGAGACAGCGAAUUUUGUCCAUAAUACAUACCGGGUAUAUGGCUUUGAGCGCGCGACUAUACGUAACUUGCCGGUGUAAGAGGUUCGCAGUUUCGGAUAAACUUGCUAUAACUUAAACUUACUUAACCCAAUUACCUGCGACUAGCUUCCCUACCACCUGAUGCGGUACUUGCUUAUCUUUAUUUACACACACGAGCCACGUAAUCAAUUAUUCAGAGUUGAGAGAUGACGAGGAAAAAACGAGACAAUCGCAUCGAACGAGAAAAGCUCCGAAAAUUGUCGAAAAUCCGUAACAACGCGUCGUUUAAUGUUCCCGCAUCUUAUCGCUCGUAGAUAAAAUCAAAAAUGGAGAAAAUUGUGGAUAUUUUCAGUGGAGAUUAUUAUUUUUUUUUUUCCCCCGUUACCAUAACGUAAUUGCAUACGACGAAGGAAGGAGGGAAAAAAAAAAUAUAGACCGUGUAUGCUGCGAGGCAAACGUGUAAUCGGGUCUCGCAACGCGAGCUGCUCGCACGAUCCGUAUAGGUGACGACGUCUUCGAUGUCUUUGAGCGGUUGUCUUUAUCCCCGCCACACGGUUUUAACGAGUGUUACUACCACUCGAAGCACAAUACACCCACAAAUAUACUGGAAAGAAAUGGAUAGACUGUGUAAAUAUAUUUGCCCGCACUGCACGAAAUCCCUGAUCACGGAUCACGGAUGAGAAUCGGGGUGUAUAUAAGGACGAUUUUAUCCAAGGGUUUUAUCAUUCACUCGAUACCACUCGGUGGCGCAGGCUCAUCCUUGGAAUACAAGGUAACCUCCUGAGUCGCGGAUCCGCCGCAAAACGUGUGACGAUCUGAUCAUUGAGUAACCGUGUUCGUCUAUACAUAGAGUUUCGAAAAAUCGUGGCGAUGUUUAAGUGCGUCUUGGCGACCGCCGUUUUGGCGUUAGCUCUCGCUAGGCCAGAACCUCCGGUAAACUCCUAUUUACCACCGGGCAGAGGUGGUCCUGGUGGGGGUGGUGGGGGUGGCGGUAGUGGACCUCCGUCGAGUCAAUACGGAGCACCAGGUUUCGGGGGUGGUUCCGGUUCCGGUAACGGAGGUAACGGCGGUUUCGGCAGCGGUGGUGCAGCCGGCAGACCUUCGAGCAGCUACGGAGCUCCUGGGGCCGGAGGAAACGGAGGUGGAUUCGGAGGAGGUGAAAAUGGAGGCGGCGGUAGCGGUGGAAGACCGUCGAGCAGCUACGGUGCCCCAGGAGCAGGUGGAAGUGGAGGUGGAGGUGGAGGUGGCGGUAGCGGUGGAAGACCGUCGAGUAGCUACGGUGCCCCAGGAGCAGGUGGAAAUGGAGGAUUUGGAAGCGCAGGAGGAUUCGGCGGUGGAAGCGGGGGUGGAAGACCAUCCGACAGUUACGGGGCACCUGGUGCCGGAGGCGGUGGCAACGGAUUCGGUGGGGCAGGCAAUGGAAAUGGGGGUGGUAACGGAAGACCGUCCAGCAGCUACGGACCUCCUGGUGCCGGGGGUAGCGGAGGCGGAUUCGGAGGAAGUGGAGGAAGCGGUGGAAACGGUGGCGGUAGACCUUCCAGCAGCUACGGUGCUCCUGGUUCGGGAGGUGGUAAUAACGGUGGAUUCGGGGGAGGUGGAAGUGGAAACGGAGGCAGAAGACCGUCCGACAGUUACGGAGCUCCCAAUGCAGGAGGGUCAGGCGGAGGCUUCGGCGGAGGAGCAAACGGGGGUGGAAGACCGUCGAGUAACUACGGAGCUCCUGGUGCCGGAGGUAACGGAGGUGGAUUCGGAGGAAGUGGAGGAAGUGGUGGAAACGGUGGCGGCAGACCUUCCAGCAACUACGGAGCUCCUGGCGCAGGUGGCAACGGCGGAUCCGGAAGAAACGGCGGUGGCACACCUUCGAGUAGCUACGGACCUCCGAACGUGGGUGGCAACACCGGUGGCGGAGGAUUCGGAGGUGGUGACGGUGGAAGUAACGGCUACUCUUCCGGAGGACCUGGUGGAAACGGUGGUGGUUUCGGCGGUGGUAGCGGCAACAAUGGUGGUGGAAGCGGAGGUUACGGAAGCGGUGGCGAAGAAAAUGAACCAGCCAAAUACGAGUUCUCGUACGAAGUUAAGGACGACGAGUCCGGGAGCAACUUCGGUCAUACCGAAACCCGCGACGGCGACAGAGCCCAGGGUGAAUUCAACGUCUUGUUACCGGACGGCAGGAAGCAAAUCGUCGAAUACGAAGCCGAUCAGGACGGUUUCAAGCCUCAGAUAAGAUACGAAGGCGAGGCUAACGACGGAGGAUACGGUUCCGGUGGUCCAGGAGGCAACGGUGGAGGCAGCGGAGGUGGUUCAGGUGGAAACGGUGGAUAUCCCUCGGGAGGUCCAGGUGGAAACGGUGGCGGAGGAUUCGGCGGCGGUAGCGGGGGCGGCAACGGUGGUUAUCCCUCAGGAGGUCCGGGUGGGAACAGCGGCGGGGGAUUCGGAGGUGGUAACGGUGGUGGAAACGGUGGCUAUCCCUCAGGAGGUCCGGGUGGUAACGGUGGCGGAGGAUUCGGAGGCGGCAGCGGGGGUGGAAACGGUGGCUACUCGUCAGGAGGGCCAAGUGGAGGUGGAAAUGGCGGCGGGUUCGGAGGAGGUAACGGAGGUGGAUUCGGUGGGGGAUCAGGUGGUGGCGGAGGAUAUCCUUCCAGAGGUCAGAACGGCGGAGGAAACGGAGGCGGCUUCGGGAGCGGUGGAAGCGGAGGAAACGGAGGCUACUCGUCCGGCGGUCCGAGCGGAGGUAACGGGGGAUCCGGAUUCGGAGGUGGUCGCGGUUCGGGAGGAGGUUCAGGUGGAAACGGUAACGGAAACGGUGGUUAUCCUUCCGGGGGUCCUAGCGGGGGUGGUAACGGCAAUGGCUAUCCAUCAGGCAGCGGAGGUGACGCGGCGUCAAAUGGCGGGUAUCAGUACUAAUUCCAUAGUUAAAUAAAUAAUAAUAUGUUAUCGUUAAAUUUGAAUCACGUAUGAUAAACGUUACGGAAGAGACACGAACUUAUCAAAGGAUUAACUUAUUACUUCGUUAUACAACAUGUGACCAUGUGAUUAUACAACAUACAUUAUUAUUCGAUAGGUAACAUGCGAUCUUUCAUAUAACGCAACGAAUCUCGACCCGACUACGGGCUAUUGCAAAUGAUGUUUUUUUCUUUUUUUUUUUUUUGUUUAUCAUCAUCCUCGUUAUCUCUCAAACGUAAACUUGUCAAUCCAAAUCUUGAUCUCGAUCUACGAGGCCCCGAAGGGGUGUUCUGUAACAACCUCGAGGCGUUCGCGAGAAAUUCUCGAACCGAGGUAGAUAUAUACGCAUGUAUUGUACGUACAUAUACAUGUUGUUAUACAUAUACGUUACUUUAUUUGUCAAUCGAGUGCUGCUGCUUCUUGUUGUUUUUUUUUUUUUUUAUUUCAUUCGUAUCUUCCUUUCUUCUAUUUCAUCACCGUUACUUUUACACCGCGAAUGUGAUGCUUCUGUCGUUGCGUCAGACCACCUGAUAAUGUACGGAAAAACGGUAUAUUGGUAGUUUAUUCGUAUUUCAAGUAAUCGUCGAACUCUCAUCCGCAAACGAACAAUACGCAUGUGUUCUAAAUUUGUCAAAAUGAAUGACACGGCAGGUGUCAUCGUUCACCUAGUUUAUGCUUAUGAGUUGUGACCCUGAAAAUCGUUGUUGCGAUCACCAUACGUAUACGCACUCGCAUAUGUAAACCAGACAAAUACCUACAUGCCAUAUACUUAUUAUAUAUUCUAUGUACCUCCGUGAAUAAUAAACACACGAAGCUAAUUAUCACAAA